GGUGUGCGCUCCGCUCUCCUCUCUCCUCAUUGCCUUUCAUUGCCUUUGCGUGUGCGCGUCUCUGCGAGUGCGCCUCGGCUGGCUCUUGUGCGCUCUCGCUGUGUGCGUGCGUGUGUGUGUGUGAGUGUGCGUGUGUGUGUGUGCGUGCGUGUGUGUGUGUGUGGUGUGUGUGUUUGCGUGUUUUUUUUUUUUCUCUCUUCUUCUCCCCCCGUCCUCUGCCUGUCCAGACGGGGAGGGGGGUCUGUGCCACCGCGCUCACCGUGCAGAGCAGCAUGUAGCACCUGGAGCUCCGCACCGCACAUCGGCUCCUGCAGCUGCGCGCUUCUCCUCACCGCCUUUUCGGGGCUGCGGACCUCCGGCGCGGCUGGUGACCGUCUCAGCAUCGCUCGCUGGACCACAGGAUUGUACCGGGUCGGCGCGGGGGGGGGAGGCGUUAGGGGGGUGGGGGGGAUAUUUGUUUUAAAGGACUGAGUGUUUCCCCCCAUCUCUCCACCUCUCGAUGGUCGAUGGUCGUUGAGGAAGCUUCCAUUUUGAGUCCCGUGUUUACCGAGAGAACCAUGGCGAGCGACUCCCCUGCCCGGAGUCUGGACGAGAUAGACCUGUCUGCACUACGGGACCCGGCUGGUAUCUUUGAGCUGGUGGAGCUGGUUGGCAAUGGCACCUACGGGCAGGUCUACAAGGGUCGCCAUGUCAAAACAGGCCAGCUUGCUGCCAUUAAGGUCAUGGACGUCACAGGGGAUGAGGAAGAGGAGAUUAAAGCAGAGAUCAACAUGUUGAAGAAGUACAGCCACCACAGGAACAUCGCCACCUACUAUGGAGCCUUCAUCAAGAAAAACCCUCCUGGAAUUGAUGACCAGCUAUGGCUGGUGAUGGAGUUCUGCGGGGCCGGCUCGGUGACAGAUCUGAUCAAAAACACCAAAGGGAACUCGCUGAAGGAGGAGUGGACCGCCUACAUCUGCCGAGAGAUCCUCAGGGGUCUGACCCAUCUCCACCAGCACAAGGUCAUCCACAGAGACAUCAAGGGCCAGAAUGUGCUGCUGACAGAGAAUGCAGAGGUUAAACUAGUGGACUUUGGCGUGAGCGCCCAGCUGGACCGCACGGUGGGGCGGAGGAACACGUUUAUCGGGACUCCGUACUGGAUGGCCCCGGAGGUCAUCGCCUGUGACGAAAACCCCGACGCCACAUACGACUUCAAGAGUGAUCUGUGGUCGCUCGGCAUCACCGCCAUAGAGAUGGCCGAGGGAGCGCCACCUCUGUGUGACAUGCACCCAAUGAGAGCGCUCUUCCUCAUCCCCAGAAAUCCCGCCCCCAGACUCAAGUCUAAGAAAUGGUCGAAGAAGUUCCAGUCGUUCAUCGAGAGCUGCCUGGUGAAGAGCCACAGCCAGCGGCCCAGCACCGAGCAGCUGCUGAAGCACCCGUUCAUCCGGGACCUGCCCAACGAGCGGCAGGUCCGCAUCCAGCUGAAGGACCACAUCGACCGCAGCAAGAAGAAGAGGGAUGAGACGGAGUACGAGUACAGCGGCAGCGAGGAGGAGGAGGAGGAACGGGAUGUGGGCGAGCCCAGUUCCAUCAUCAACAUCCCUGGCGAGUCGACUCUGAGGCGGGACUUCCUGCGUCUCCAGCUGGCCAAUAAGGAGCGGUCGGAGGCGAUCCGGCGGCAGCAGCUGGAGCAGCAGCAGAACGAGGAGCACAAGCGCCAACUGCUGGCCGAGAGGCAGAAGCGCAUCGAGGAGCAGAAGGAGCAGAGGAGGCGGCUGGAGGAGCAACAGCGGCGGGAACGGGAGCUGAGGAAGCAGCAGGAGCGCGAGCAGAGGAGGCGCUACGAGGAGAUGGAGCAGAUCCGCCGAGAGGAGGAGAGGAGGCACGCCGAGAGGGAGCAGGAGUAUAUCCGUAGACAGUUGGAGGAGGAGCAGAGGCAGCUGGAGAUCCUGCAGCAGCAGCUCCUGCAGGAGCAGGCCUUACUGCUGGAGUACAAGAGGAAGCAGAUCGAGGAGCAGCGGCAGGCGGAGCGGCUGCAGAGGCAGCUGCAGCAGGAGCGCGCCUACCUGGUGUCCCUGCAGCAGCAGCAGGAGGCGCCGCGCCCCCCGCAGGACAAGAAGCAGCUCUACCACUACAAGGACCAGGCGCCCGGCAACAACGACAAGCCGGCCUGGGCCAAGGAGGUGAUGCGUCGAGCCCAGAGCAACUCGCCCCGCGUCCCGCCAAAGAAAUACCACUCCUUCAACGAGCCGCGGGACGCCAGCCUCUCGAACCUCCUCUUACUCCCCGGUUACAAACCCCGCCGCCGCGCCCCCCCCUCCUACCCCGCCCACGACAGCCCCUCCAGAAGCAGGGAGAGGCUCCACCCCUCCCACGUGCCCCGAAUCCGCGUGACCUGCGUCCCCGAGCCCGCCCCCGGCUCCUCGCAGCCGGUCACGCGCAGGCGGAGUCCCGCGAGGAGCCCGGACUCGCGGGGGCGGAGCCCGGGCCGAUGGGUGGAGGAGCGUUUUAAGAUGAACAGACAGGCUUCUCCUGCGUUGCAGCAUAAAGUCUCCAACCGGAUCUCAGACCCGGCGCUGCCGCCGCGCUCCGAGUCCUUCAGCUCCGGAGGCAUCCAGCAGGCCCGCACGCCGCCCAUGCACCGCUCCGUCGAGCCGCAGGUUCCCCAGAGGACGACCUCCAUCUCCCCGGCACUGGUGAGGAAGAACUCCCCUGGGAACGGGCCGGGCCUGGGACCCCGCGCUGGAGCCCACCUCAUACGGGCCAGCAACCCCGACCUGCGGAGGACCGACGUUUCCAUGGAGACGCCCCUGAAGAGGACGAGCAGCGGCAGCUCCUCCAGCUCCAGCACCCCCAGCUCGCAGGGAGGCUCCAACGAACGAGGUAAUUCCGCCACUAAGACCGAAGGGAACACGGCACCUUCCCAUGAGACCAAAGAUGAUGGCAGAGAGGUGACACGACCCAGCAGGCCUGCAAGCUAUAAGAAAGCUGUAGACGAGGAGGAGUUGGACCUGACGGCACUGGCCAAAGAGCUGCGAGAGCUGCGGCAGGGCGAGGAGACCAACCGCCCGCCCAUCAAGGUCACCGACUACUCCUCAUCCAGCGAGGAGUCUCACAGCAGCGAGGAUGAGGAGGGAGAGGGCGGGACCAAUGACGGGACCGUGGCCGUCAGCGACAUACCACGCAUCAUGCCGGCUGCCAGUCACGGAGCCAACGAGUCCUUCGGCGUGAUGGGAGGCCAUAACGACUCCCACGGCGACGCGUACGGCAACAGCUCGCAGGACAGCACCCUGAUGAUGCGGGAGUACGGGAUGGGCGGCGGCGGCGGCUCCAAGGCUUCCUUCACGCCGUUUGUCGACCCGAGGGUGUACGGGACCUCGCCGACCGAAGACGACGAUGAAGAUUCUGCCUCAGCUCUGUUGGCCGACGAGGUGGCGAGGCAGGAGCAGGAGCAGGCGAGGCUCAACGAGGCCAGGAAGAUCUCGGUGGUGAACGUGAACCCCACCAACAUCCGGCCGCACAGCGACACGCCCGAGAUCCGCAAGUACAAGAAACGCUUCAACUCGGAGAUCCUGUGCGCCGCGCUCUGGGGAGUGAACCUGCUGGUGGGGACGGAGAACGGCCUCAUGCUGCUGGACCGCAGCGGCCAGGGCAAAGUUUACAACCUGAUCAACCGCCGCCGCUUCCAGCAGAUGGACGUCCUGGAGGGGCUCAACGUCCUGGUCACCAUCUCAGGGAAGAAGAACAAGCUGCGUGUUUACUACCUGUCCUGGCUGAGGAACAGGAUAUUACACAACGACCCCGAGGUGGAGAAGAAGCAGGGCUGGAUCACGGUCGGGGACCUGGAGGGCUGCGUGCACUACAAAGUCGUGAAGUAUGAGAGGAUUAAAUUCCUGGUGAUCGCUCUGAAGAACUCGGUGGAGAUCUACGCCUGGGCUCCCAAACCCUACCACAAGUUUAUGGCCUUCAAGUCGUUCACCGACCUGCAUCACCGCCCCCAGCUCGUUGACCUGACUGUGGAGGAGGGGCAGAGGUUAAAGGUCAUCUACGGCUCUAGCGUCGGCUUCCAUGUCAUCGAUGUCGACUCUGGCAACCCCUACGACAUCUACAUCCCCUCCCAUAUUCAGAGUCAGGUGACCCCCCACGCCAUCGUGGUUCUGCCCAAGACGGACGGCAUGGAGAUGCUGCUGUGCUACGAGGACGAGGGCGUCUACGUCAACACCUACGGACGCAUCACCAAAGACGUGGUGCUGCAGUGGGGCGAGAUGCCCACCUCCGUCGCCUACAUCCACUCCAACCAGAUCAUGGGCUGGGGAGAGAAGGCCAUCGAGAUCCGCUCCGUGGAGACGGGACACCUCGACGGAGUUUUCAUGCACAAGCGAGCUCAGCGACUGAAGUUCCUGUCGGAGAGGAACGACAAGGUUUUCUUUGCCUCUGUACGCUCCGGCGGCAGCAGCCAAGUCUUCUUCAUGACCCUCAACAGAAGCUCCAUGAUGAACUGGUAAACCCUUCCCUUCUACCCACAAUCCCCCUCUUCACUCCGAGCGCCGCCCACCAGGAGAGAGGAUGGAGGGAUACCAGGAGGACGAGGGACCGGCGAGGAUGAACGGACGAUUGAGUGACCAGAGGAAAAAGUUUAACCACAGGAGUGUGUCGCCCGCACAGCUGCCCUCCGACCACUAGGGGGCGCUGCAGGCCUCAGGACGGCUGAAGGACAGUAAGGCGCUGAGGUGCCGUGGUGAUCGUUUACUGUCGGCGGAUAACACCCUCUCUUCCUCUGUGGACUGUUUCGUGGGGCCGAUGUGUUUUUCUUUUUCUGAGAAGUUCUCGAUUGUGACUGGACAGGACGCGAACAUCACGCUGAGGUCGCCUUGGACUUCCCCGUUCAACUCAAUGGGAGCCAUGGAGCAGUCCUAGUGUAGCACAGGGCACAUCUGUCAGGUCUAAAGCGAUUACCUAGCAGGACGUUCACACUGCGAGCGACUGAUGCGUUGCUCCGUUCGAACGGGCAACUCGUUUUUUUCACCGUCUUUCAUAUCUUAGCGUCGUUUUUUCAAGUAACCUACUCUAGCUCGAAGCCUCCGUUUAGGUAGCAUUAAUCGGUAAAACCUCAGCGAAAUUACCCUCAAGCUCUCCGUCGACCCCAACGACGGACGUAACCGCUCUUCAGGCAUCCUUCUCGAGAUGUUUCAAACGUUGCAGAGACCUGGGAAGCUCUGAACAUCUGCAGUUUGUGACGCAAAAUCGCAUCAGCAGGGAAAUCAUAAUAAUAAUAAUAAUACUAAUAACCUCAUUCCAAGCCUUUCUCUCCUCCGCGCAGAGCAGAAAGCCUGGAAGAAGAUCAGUUAUUGUGGAAAAAGAGGGAGCUCAUAAGACCCAUUCACCGUCCUCUCGUUGGUCUCGAGUUCUCCAUUCUGAUUUUGAAUGGGAAAAGCACAACUCGUUAAUCGUCCCCAUGAAAUACGUUGGACGUUUUACAAUCUCAGCCUCAGUUCUCAGACAUCAGACAAAAUGAAAAAAAAAUCAUUACUCAGACUAGGAGCCUUCAAGUCUUGGAAAAAAAAAAAAAAAAACUUUGCCAAGACGAAGAUCUAGUGCAUCGAUUGAAAUUCCUUUAGACAAAAAUUGUAUAAAAGUUUGAUGUUGUCACCUGUAUUCAGAUUUUGCAAGCAAAUAUCUUUAAGUGGGGGAUGUCACAACAGGAAAGGAGCACGUUUUGUGUAAAAUACUCUUUUUCUGACUUUCCGAGACCGAAACAAGAUGUUUGAUACCAUUUUCGCCUCUGUACAUCGAGGAGGUCAGUUCCUAGAAGUAGCAUUUCGUGUUCGAGACUUAUAGGACAUUGGAGUAUUCCCUUAAACAAGUGUCAUUCUCUUAAUCAGCUGGCAAUUACAAAUUUGACGCCUCAGCUGUGACCAUGCAAGAGAUCCAGUUCCUGUUGGACUCGGAGGUACGGUGUUGUUUUGUCUGAGGCUGAGGCUGAAAAGGUGCAGCGUCCAAGUCUCUUCAGUGAAGGAAUAUCGAGUCCGAGAGCUCUGUGUUUCACGAAACCCCCCGAAUUUCUCUCCAUCCGCUAAAAACCAGGCGUCCGAGGAAAUAGGGGAGCUUCGUCGAGACUAAGGGAAUAAGGGAAGUGUGGAGAUCUGAUUGGCUGUUGACGGCCGACGUCCGUGAAAAUGAGACGGAUCUCCAGGCGUGUCGGUCAUGCUGCUCGCAGUGUGAAUGCGCUAGUUAGAGACCUGAUGAAAUCGUGCAACUUCAUAUGUCUCUUCUCCGGUGGAUUGGAGACAUUUUACACUUGUUGAUGUGCAGCCUCCACACACACACACACACACACACACACACACACAAACACAAACACACACACAGGCUUCAGCUGCUGUGGCUUCCAUGUCCUUCCAUGUCCUAGGUGUGUUUCCGGCAGGGGGAGCAGGGGAAGGAAGGUUGUAGAUAUUGUAUUAUUGCUGCAAACGGCAACACAAGAAACGAAUUCUUCACUCCGGUUCUCACAAGAACAGUUUGACGUAGUCUAGCUGCCAAUCUCUGGACGUUUUACUUUUGCUCCCCUUGGUUUUCUCCACCGUUUCUAUUCCCCGCUGUUCUGUGUGCAUCGACACUCGUGUAAAUACUCACUUUGAUGUUCAGGACAGACUCGACCGACUGUGUGGCGGAGCAAGAGAAAACAACGAAGAGGAUAAAGGAGAAGGCUGCGUGUUUUGCUUUUUUUUUUUUUUUUGUCAUUCCUCUGUGAAUCUGUCCGAGCCAACGAGCCCAGAGAGGAGCCGAGAAGUUUUGGUUUUGGUUGGGUAGCCACUCCAAGUUUACUCUUUUCCAUCGGUUCUUCUUUGUUCAUUUAGUUGCUUUUGUGCAUUUGCAUGUAGACGUACGUGCUCUACCUGUCAUCGCUUGUUAUGAAUCAAUUAAAGGCAAUACACCGGGUUUAUUCUGACUGUAGACGUUAGUGAUGAGCGACAGGCGACCCACAUGAGCCUGCAGGUUUCUGGGAAGCUCAGUGACUCGGCCAGCGUUCGGCCCAGAGGCUGAUAUCUCAGAAUCUAUUGCGUGCAUCACCAUGAAAUUUGGUGACAAUCUUCAUGUUUCCUAGAGGAUUAAACCUGGAAAUUAUGGUAAAACUAUGACCUUCCCACUAGCUCCACCCACAGGCCAAACUGUCAUUAUUGCAGUGGAAUAUAUCAAUUCUCGUUGGUGGAUCGUCAUGAAAUUUGUGACAACAUUCAAAUUGCCAGGUGCAUGAAAUCAGUCCAUUCAGGUGACCCUGUGACUUUACGUCUAGCGCCACCAACAGGUAAAAUUAUUAAUAUUGCACUCUAUUAUCUCAAAAGGUUUUCUUGUGACUCUAUGACCUUUCUUCAAGCCCCACCAGCGGGGCAUCGGCAUUAGCAAUGAUACGCUUGUGUUUUUUGGUUUGUUUGUUUUUUUCAAGCAUCAAAUCAGCUUGAGACCAGACCACGAGGAGAAAUUUAGGCUGUUUGCGACGAGAAAGCUGAAGUUUAGCGUCUGGAAUUGUACCCAAAGAGUCAGCUAAAUCAAGGUCGCAGACAGGAGCGUUAGACAUGACCCAUCACAUUUACACGUCAGGCGUUUAGUUGACGCUCUUAUUUGCAAGCGGCGGUCAGGCGUCUUGUUCGAGGCCCCUUCGGCAGGACGCGUUGCUGUUAGUGGACACACACCGGCUUGUUUUUGUGGGUUGAACCCGAGACAUUUCAGUUACGGGUCGGCUUCUGAUAAUUUCCCAGGUGAAACUACUGAAGAUGGGAUUAGGCCAUGAGAGAGAGAAACUGCUCCUUCUUUUACUUGCUACUGUAUUUCUUUACUGUUUGUUGAUCUUAAAGGGAUGGGAUAGGUGUAAGCAAUGCCAUCUUGGGCCGGCUAAAGCCUUUAACAUGUGCAGGGUGUCGCUGUCUAUCAGCGCCCUGUGAACAAAGGUAGGGAGACAGGGAAAGUUUGAGAAAAUAAUAGAUGAAAAAAAAAUAUAUAAGCAUUUCGUUAUGAUGAUAAUCUUACUGAUCAUUUUAGAGAAAGACAAAAAAAAAAAAUUAUGUUCACUUAUUAAAGCUUAGUUGUCUUUCUACAAAAAAGAGAAAAUAGCUAUAAGAAUUUAUAAAAAAUAACAAAAAAAUACAAUGUUUUUAUUGUGGUAUUUGUAUUUGUAAUUCAAUUUUUGUACGUAUCAAGACUGUGAACGUAUGUGUGGCUGUUAGUGUGUAUGUGUGGGUAGGUGGAAUGGUGUGUGUAUGGGGGUAUGUGUGUGUGUGUGUGUGUGUGUGUGUGUGAUGCAUGUGUGUGUAUGUUUUCACCUCGUCUGAAUCACUGGAAUCAAAUCUAAAUACAACCUUUUGAUCCGAUCACACACAUCUGUGAUGUUCGAAAUUCUACAAUAAAUGUCCUCUCCUUGUACAGCA